UUUGAAAUUGUACCUCAAUCUCUACCUUCACCUUCACCUUCACCUUCACCUGCGAGAGAGUUGAGAUAUUUGGGAUCAACGUUUGUUCCAACCCAAAUAUGAAGAACACGAACACUGAAUCCACUUCUGCUUCUCUUUACUAGUUCUGAACAAUUUAGUUCCUGUGGUGAAUGGAGCUCUCUCUAACACUGACCCUCAACCCUUCAACUUCAUCGCUUCCAGCUCACUGCUCCAAGCUAUGUGAUUUUCAGCCAAGGAAGAAGAGGGUUCCUUUCUUUGAUGCUCCUAGACUUUCAGUUCGAUGCGCUAAGGCUUCAGUUGAACGAACCGGUGACGAAGGGGACACUCGAACCGGGUUCACCACCCCUGCCGUUGAGGUCACCACAUUCAACCGCAGUUUCAACGACGCUGACUUCCCCGUCUGGGAAAAGAUUGGUGCUGUUGUCAGACUCAGCUAUGGCAUCGGGAUUUACGGUGCCAUGGCUGUUGCGGGGAGUUUUAUAUGUUCGAUCACGGGAAUUGACUCUCUGGGGGGUUUUCAUCUAUCAUUAGAUGCCAUAAUGGAAGGGCUUGGAUAUGCAGCUCCUCCAAUUAUGGCCCUUUUGUUUAUACUUGAUGAUGAAGUCGUGAAGCUAUCACCCCAUGCCCGUGCAAUCAGAGAUGUAGAAGAUGAAGAACUGUGGAGUUUUUUCUAUGGGAUGUCCCCUUGGCAGUUUGUGCUGAUGGUUGCUGCAAGUUCAGUGGGAGAGGAGCUCUUCUACAGGGCUGCUGUUCAGGGGGCAUUGGCUGAUAUAUUUUUAAGAGGCAGUAAUCUUAUAACAGAUGCUCAAGGAAUGGCGUCUUUGACAGGGGUAUUGCCUCCAUUUGUUCCAUUUGCUCAGGCAUUUGCAGCUGUACUUACAGCUGUCCUUACUGGUUCUCUCUAUUAUGUGGCUGCCUCUCCUAAAGAUCCUACUUAUGUUGUUGCACCUGUUUUACAGUCUCGCUCUGGUCGGCAAGAUUUGAAAAAACUGUUUGAAGCCUGGUAUGAGAAACGGCAAAUGAGAAAAAUCUAUUCCCCACUUCUGGAAGGACUGCUGGCUCUCUACCUAGGUUUCGAGUGGAUCCAGACAAAUAAUAUUCUUGCCCCCAUUAUCACGCAUGGCAUAUACUCUACCGUUAUUUUGGGACAUGGCCUUUGGAAGAUACAUGACCACCGCCGUAGACUACGUCAAAGAAUCCAACAGCUCAAAUCAGAAGAAAAAGACUCCAAGUAGAUCUUGAAAUGCCCACCAUGACUUUUUUCGGUGCCAAAAUUGUAUAUGCAUUAGAGUUGUUAAUUAUGUAAAUAGAAGACAUGUUUACUUAUGUUAGUUAGAUGAGGUCUCGUACAUACACAAUACUCGGGUUUUGAUUACAGAAUUUUCAAACCAAGAGUUAUUUAAGUGUUUUUUCUAAUAAAGUGGGAUAUCCAAUAGUGGGGUUGAUUUAAUGUUUGCA